AUGGUAAAUUCAAGCACUCAAGGGGCCAGCGGUCAGAAGGUCGCGCCUCCUGAUGAAGGAAAGAGCAAGAAUCCCACCUCUAAUCCUUCCAAGAGCUCAGGCAAUAAAACAAAUGAAGGUUCCAGCAAUCAGAAGGUAACACCUUCUGAUGAAGCAAAGAAUAAGGAAUCCUCCCCCAAGAGCUCAAACGACAAAACAAAUGAGGGGGCCGGCACCAAGAAGGUCUCACCUCCUGUUGAAGGAAAGAGCAAGCAAUCCACCUCUAAUCCUUCAAAGAUUGCAGGGGACCAAGCAAAUAAAGGCAGCGAUGACAAAAACUCCCCUCAAAGUACGUCAGGGGGCGUGUGAGGUAGUGUAAGUAUUUCUCCAAAGUUGUCUUAUUGUCGGUCCCUUCAAACCAAGUAUAAUCCGGCUUUGCUCUCAUAUUGUUGCAAGGGCUCAGGUUCAUAUUCCUUCUUCUCGACGGUCUAAGUAAAACUUUAUUUAUAUUCAUUUUGUAAUGAAUUUGAAAUAACAGGCUUGCUGUAAUGGUCAUAAAACGACAAGUGUUGUUUAUCUUUUCGAUGUCAUCGCUUCAUUCUUUGAAAAACUCAGAACCUUGUUCCGUACCGAGUGAGAGUUUUGUGCUCAUUCUAUCUCGGAGAAAACUUGGCAUGCUCUUACUGAUAGAUUUGUGCAGAAGAAGAGCAUAGGGAAUUUCAGUUUGGGGGAGAUUUGUAUGUGCGACAUGCUGUCCGCUCCAUAUGGUGGGAGAAGAGAAUGGCAGGAAGCCAAGAUUAUUUCCGAGCCCGAUAAGCUACAGUCAAAUUUUUCCAAGUAUAGAAUCGAAUUUCUCACUGGCUCAAAAAAGGGGGAGCAAGAUACGGUUGAAUCCUGGCGGCUGAAGCAUAAGAGAGCGGAGACGGAGACUAAAGCCGUGGCAGAUGAGAAGUAA